AGUUCAUAUUAAGAUAUGAAACACUUGCAAUUAUCUCUCUUGUGUUCAUCAUGGCUCAGAAGUAGUCUUACGUUGUUUUGGAUGUUGUUGCUGGUUCAUCAUGUGUUACAACAACCAAAUGGUUGUUUUGCUUGUGUAGAGCAAGAGAGGAUUGCUCUUCUUGAUAUUGAAUUAGCAUUUACUGGUAAUGAAAGCAUUGCUGAUCCAUCCUCUUUCUUUAGCUUAUGGAAUAAGAGUAUUGAAUGUUGCAGUUGGUAUGGAGUGUAUUGCUCACCCACAACAAAGCAUAUCAGGGGCCUGGAUCUUGCUGGCAUCACAUGGGAGAAGAUGGAGUUUAAUAUCCACACUUUAAACAUCUCCUUGCUCCUUCCUUUCCAGGAACUGCGAAGCCUUAAUCUACGUGGCAACCACUUCAACAGCUGCAUCCCCAGUGAUUGUUUUGGCAGGAUGGCAAAAUCAGACAUUAAUCUCCGGUUCUUGGAUCUCUCUUGGAAUAAUUUUGAUUCUAAAGCACUGUCUUCCUUAGCUGCAUUACGCUCUCUCAAGGCUCUCUCUUUGAAGCAAUUUUGGCUAGAAAGUUCUCUUCAAUAUACAUAUGACAAACAAGGUCAAAUGAAAAGUGAACUCUUUAUCAAUACAUUAUCCAGUGCUUUGUCCAAAUUAAGCAAGCUCAAAUAUUUGGAUUUGUCUGAAAAUUGGAUGAAUGGAAGCAUUAUUCCAUAUUUGGGUCAUAUAUCAUCUCUCAAAACUUUGGAUCUUAGCGGGAACAAAAUGGAUGAAGGCCUUGAUCUAAAUGGAUUGUGCAAGAUAAAGAACCUUGAAGAAUUAGACAUCAGCUACAACAGUAUGAAUGCAAAUAUUCCAUUGUGCAUUAGAAAUCUAUCAUCUCUAAACUAUUUUGAUGCCUCCUACAAUCAAUUUGAAAUGAACUUGCCCUCAUCUAUUUUUGAAAACCUUACAAGGCUCGAGUUUCUUGACUUCUCAAACAAUAAUUUCGAGGGAGUGUUCUCACUUAGCUCAUUUGCAAACAAUACCGAGCUUAAAUUUUUGGAUCUUUCGAAUAAUCGUCGAUUAGAGAUCGAAACUGAAGAUCUGAUAAAUCCUCUAUUUCAACUGAAGGUUAUUGACUUGGCAAAUUGCAUUGUGAACAUGGUCUCUCAUUCCUUCCCCACUUUGUUCUCCACUCAGUAUAUGGUACAAUACAUUGAUCUUUCUAGUAAUAACCUUGAGGGAAAUAUUCCAUUGUGGCUAUUUGUGAAUAAGACCAAUCUAAUUAAUCUUACUUUGAGAAAUAACUCAUUAGGUGGCUCACUUAUAUUACCAUCCCAAAGUACAAAAUUAGUGCGGCUUGAUGUCUCCAAUAAUAAACUCACUGGAGAAGUACCUGUGAGCAUUGGUCUUGUUUUUCCCAAUUUAACAUACCUGAACAUGUCACACAAUUUGUUGCAAGGUGUCAUCCCUUCUUCAAUUAAACAUUUAAAACUAUUGAAAUAUUUAGCCUUAUCAAAUAAUAACAUAUCAGGGCAAAUAUCUGAUUUUGUUGAAGAGUUGCAAGACCUUUAUGUAUUAGACUUGUCUGUGAACCAAUUUCAGGGGCAUUUGCUUCCAAAUAACUGGAACCCUUUAGGCAUUUCAGUUUUUGUUUUUGCUGUUAAUAACAAUCAAUUGACUGGUGAAAUACCAACUAAUCUUUGCAAUAUGUCCUCUCUUUCUUUCUUAGAUAUCAGUGAAAACCAUUUCUCUGGAAAUCUACCAAGUUGUAUAACCAAUAUGUUUCUUUCGGUCCUUAGCGUUGAAGGAAAUAAUUUGGAAGGAAAUCUGCCAACUGAGCUUUGUUAUAUGAAUGGUCUUGCAUUGUUGGAUCUGUCUAAAAAUAAUUUUUUUGGCCAAGUUCCUUCUUGCUUCAACCUGCUGACUCAGUUGGAAUAUUUGAAUUUGAGAGGCAAUAAACUCACAGGACCCUUUCCAAAUGCUUUCUCAAACAUGAGUCAACUAGCAACACUAGAUUUGGGCAACAACCAUUUUGUUGGUCAUAUUCCUAAUUGGAUAGGGACUAAGCUUCACCUUUUGAAAAUCUUUUCUUUGAAAGGAAACCAUUUUAAUGGGCCAAUUUCAGAGCAAAUUUGUAAUUUACGAUUUCUCCGCAUCCUUGACCUUUCUCACAAUAAUUUGUCAGGACAUAUCCCUUCAUGUCUACAUAAUAUAGGGCAUGACCCGGGAUUGGAUUUCCAAUUUUCCAUAAUGAUUGAUCUUCUAACUCCCCAAGUCUCAAAGGUCCCUCACCAAGAGUAUAUCACUUUUGAGGUAAAACCAGCAGAUUCAACAUUAACUAUAUCAGAGUAUAUUGAGUUCCAUAUGAAGAAAAGAUCAGACAAUUACAGAGGAGACAUCUUACAUUAUUUAUCAGGACUAGAUUUGUCUUGCAACCAAUUGAUCGGCAUGAUCCCAGAGAACAUAGGCCAAAUGACUUGGCUUCGAGUUUUGAAUUUUUCCAACAAUCUACUGAUUGGUCCAAUUCCGGCUACAUUGUCAAAUCUAAGAAACAUUGAGAGCUUAGACCUCUCGCACAACAUGUUAGCUGGACGCAUACCUCCCCAACUCGCAGAGCUUCAUUUCUUAGCAGUCUUCUCCGUGGCAUACAACAACCUUUCUGGUCCAACAGUAGGAUUAGUUGCUCAGUUCAGCACAUUUGAUGAGACCAGCUAUGAAGGGAACCUUUAUCUCUGUGGCCCUCCGUUGGUGAAGAAUUGCACCUCAAUAGUACCGUCUCCAAAACAUCAAGUUACAAAUGAUAUUCACCCAGAUAAAAAAGCAGCAAAGGAUCGUCUUAUAUUAUUUGCAUCAAUUGCACUUGGUUUCAUCAUUGGUUUUUGGGGAUGGAUGGCUCUGCUAUUCCUCAAUAGAAAUUUGAGGUAUUCCUACUUUCUUGCAAUCGAUGGAUACAUGGAAGAAGCUUUCGACAUGGCUGGUAACCUCCUGUCAAAAAUGAAGUCAUGUUUGUAGACAUUGCAUGGCUCUUCUUUUAUUUACUUCAAAGUUCUCUUAGAUCAUGCAUAUGUGCUGUUGUACUAGCAAGCCAAAUGCAGAAGCAAGCUUGAGAUAUGGUAUUUAAAAAGUUAUCUUAGACAUGUGUUCUAUCAACUAGGUUCGAGAA